CCACCCUCAUCCACCAUCGAGAUACACGGGAGAAUUUGCCCUCACCGGCAUGCACAGCAGCAGUCAUGCUCAUCCGCAGCAGCAGGACAUGACCAAUGGCGCAGGCCCGGUUGCGGCCGUCGUUGGAGGGACGAGCAACCCGAAGCUGGCUCUCGAGAGAGAUCGCAAGAGGAUAGCCCUGCGACAACGCAACCUCGCGACCUGGCAAGAUGGGCCUUCCCCGCCCUCGGGCUCGCUCGAUAGCAACAUGAAGAAGAACACGGGCUUCAUCAAGCGUGUGCGGCAGGGUCUUGGCGUCGAUGCCAAGCCGCAGCUCAUCAAGGAGACGGCUACGCUGAAUCUCGACAAGUACGUUGAGGAGCUCACACAGGCUAUCCCAGAGGGAUUGAGCAAGUGUACGCUGGCAAAAGACUGCAUAGCAGCGGCCGAGAUUGUCACCGAGCUCCAUGCCAGAUUUGAUCCGCCCGUCUUCGCCCAGCCACUCGCUGUGGCACUCUCAUCGGCGCUGGCUCCUCCAAACAAAGCUCAACUGCAAGCUAUGCAGGCCGAGCAGAAGGAGAGAGAGGAAGCAAAUCGUGUGUCGAGGCAGAAAGUCAUGCUGCGAAUCGCCGCAGAGCUGGCACUCGUCGAGGUGAUUAGGGCGCGAGACGGUUCGAGUACGCAGGAGCUGCCUGGUCAAGAUUGGCUCUUCCAUAUACUCAGAGAUCUGCUCUCAACGGACCGCGAACAUGUCAAUGUCCCCAUUCUCAUCACACUCCUUAAAGCUCUUGGCCCGCAGCUCGUUGGCCGUCCCAGCGAAGAUCCAGAGGCAGGCGAGGCCGCGCACGAGGAGCUCAUCCUUCCUCCCGCUACAUCGGCAAAGUUUCGCAAACUCUGCGAGACGUACUUCACGACGCUCUCGAAACGCAUCGUGACAGAGCACCAGCGCCUGCAAGAGCAGGAUCGCAAGAAUCAUGAAGCCUACAUCAAGUCCGGCGACAUAUUCGAGGACCGACAGCAGCGCUACGAGAAAAUGACGAAAUCGUUCGAGCGCGUCAACGAAAAUGGCAAAGCCCUCUCUGAGUUGCUAGGCGUCGCGAUGCCGCAACUGACAGAUUUGGGCAGGGCAUCAGACAUUGGCCUGGCGGUCAAUCUCGAUUCAAGGUCGACACUCGCGAAUGAUAGGUCAGAUGAGGACUUUGCGACGGGAAAGUCGCCGUGGGAGGACGAGGAUACGAAGCGUUUCUACGAGGAUAUCGUUGAUUUGCGCGACAUGGUGCCGGCUUCAAUACUGGGGUCGGUGGCGGCAACGGCAGCAGCGAAAGAAACUACAGAGCAGCCUCAAGAGGAGGAGAGCAAGGUUGCAGAGUCGCAGGAGAUGGAGCCUUCCCAGUCGGACGAGGGCGCAAGCAAGACCCCGGUUGCCCUUUCCCCGACCUUAACGCCGGCAAAGACGGACGCUGAAGGCGCUGCGGACGAGCAAAUCUCAGCAGGUCCAGCAGCGCAAUUGAGCGCCCUCCUGGCACGGCUACCAGAGCAGACCAAUCGCACCAUGAUCGACAGCGCCGCAGUCGACUUUGCCUUUCUCAAUUCCAAGGCAGCACGGCGACGUCUAGUCAAGCACCUCACCUCCAUCCCACGCAACAGACUCGACCUUAUCCCCUACUACGCCCGUCUCAUCGCCACCUUACAUCCCCACAUGCCCGACGUAGGCAAGGGAGUCCUCGAGAUCCUGGACGACGAGUUUCGCUAUUUGCAGCGCAAGCGCCUGGCCGAGAUGGGCGAGACGCGCGCCAAGAAUGCCCGCUUCAUCGCUGAGCUAACAAAGUUCCGGGUAACGCCGCUCCACACCAUCUUCCACUGCUUCAAAGUGUGUCUGGACGACUUCUCCUCCUUCAACAUCGAGAUCCUCGCCACACUCCUCGAGACGUGCGGGCGAUUUCUUUUGCGCAUCGAGGCAACCACGGAGCGUAUGCGGGGCUUACUUGAGCUGCUGCGGCGUAAGAGAAUGGUGUCGAAUCUCGAUCAUCGCAACGUACUACUUCUGGACAAUGCUUACUAUCAAUGCAACCCGCCCGAGGGCAAGGCAGUGGUAGCCAAGCCCCGCUCCCAUUUGGAACUCUACGUGCGCCAUCUGAUCUACGAUGUCCUCACGCGCAAGACAUUCGAGCGCGUCCUCAAGAUGUUGCGCAAGCUUCCUUGGAGCGAUGAGGAGGUGUUGACCACGCUUCACGAAGUCUUCCUCCGCGUCUGGCGCGUCAAGUACGGACACGUCCACCUCCUUGCCCUUCUCCUUGCUGACCUUCAACCACAUCACCCCGACUUUGUCAUCGCGGUCAUUGACGCUGUCAUCGAGGAGACGCGCCUUGGUAUGGAGACGAACUUGUUUAAGCAUAACCAGCGGCGCAUGGCCAUCGUGCUUUACCUGGGACAGCUCUACAUCUACCGCUUGGUCAACUCGGGCAUCGUAUUCGAUCAGCUGUGGAGCUUUGUCACCUUUGGACAUCCCAAUGGGCAGCCUUUGCCCGGGCAGGUGUGCAAUCUUGACGCGCCAGACGACUUCUUCCGGCUCAGACUAGCUUGUACGCUGCUAGAUACGUGCGGGGCUUGCUUCAACAAGGGUAGCUUGCGCAAGCGACUCGACGAAUAUCUGGCAUUCUUGAAUCUGUACGUGCUGAGCAAGGAGCAACCCUUGCCCAUGGAUAUCGAUUUUAUGCUACAAGAUACCAUCGAGGCGGUACGACCGGGCUGGGUGCUCAAGAAGGAUUGGGCAGAGGCCGCGCAAGCUGUGAAUGACAUCAUGGCGGCGCACAGAGCAGCACAGCCGGCGGCGGCGGCGACUGCGACUCCAGGCGGUGGAAAAAAGAUGGAAGCAGAGAUCGAAGAGGAGGCAGAAGACGACGACAGCAGCAGCGACGAUGACGAUGCGAGCGGGUCAGAGAGCGGUACAAGGGCGCGCGGCGGGAGGGCCAGGCGGCUUAGCGGUAGCGAGCAUGGCGAUGGCAGCAGCACUAGCAGCAGCGACGAGGAACAGACGGACGACGAUGGCGAGGAGGCUACUCUCGACGACGACGAGGUCGAGGAAGAUCUCGUCAUCAGGCGAUCUCAACAGAGCGAAGAGGACCGCGAAGCCGAGCAGGAAUUCGAGCGCGAGCUGGCCAAGAUGAUGGCAGAGACGAACGUUGCGAGCAACACUGGCGGGGGUACAAAUCGCGGUGUGGCACAUCAUGGCCGCGGAAUCUUUGACCAAGGCCUUCCCUUCAUCAAGAAGGCUGCUCGUGAGGAAAGCGGCAACGAGUCCUCGCCCGCAACGCAGGACGGGCAGAUGCGCUUCGAGCUUUUGUCCAAGCGCGGCAACAAGCACCAAGCGCACACUUUGCACUUGCCUUCCGACUCUGCGAUCGCCGUCACUACACGCGAGAAACAGCUGCAGGAGUUGCAAGAAAGGAGGCAGCUCAAGGAGUACGUGCUGGGCUACGAGGGAAGAGAAGACGAGGAAGAGAGGCGUGAGCUCGAGAAGAGUUUGGGCAGGAGAGGGUUCGCGGUGCGUCACGCAAAGUGAUGCGCGUCUCGCCCUGUCGUGAGCUGUGGGAGAAGCCUCUGGCCCACCUGUACAAUAGACUCGUUUGCGAUACCGAGGGCCGCCCCCUCCUCCUUCAUCGAUCUCAUCUCUGUGUUUGAGGAUC